AAAAUAAAAUAAAAUACCUCUUAAUUUCUCUCUCUCUCUGUAAAACAAAAACCUACCCAACAGAAGUAACACAUCAGUCGCCUCUGCUUUCACAUCCUAGGGUCGCUUCUCUACUUCCAUUCUUUCACCGGAGUUCAGACCAUCGCCUCUAUCUUCCAACACCCAACCAUUGAAAGUGGUCCUAAUAUUUGUGAUUGAGAUGGAUAAAUUUGUCACGAGGUUGGAUCAUUCUCAACCAAGUCCAUCCUUGAGCCAGGUGAAUGCCAAUCUUUCUCAUCUAAUAGAUGAACUCAAUUUGGAAUCACUUGAACCCGAUCCAGGAGAAAGAAUACCAAUUGCUAACUAUAACCCUCGAAUACGAGAUGAAGUGAGAAGACACUAUAUUCAAAAAGGGCCUUGUCAACCUUCGAGCAUCAAUUUUCCAAAACUAAAAUAGGAAGGAGAAUGCGUCAAUUUGUUCCAAGUUGGUUCAAAGGUCAAUUUUCUAGAUGGUUGGAAUAUAGUGUGAAGAAAGAUGCGGCAUAUUGCCUAUGUUGUUAUUUGUUCAAAAAUAAAUUUAUUCAUGGAAGUGCGGGUGAAUUCUAUACAAAGAAUGGUUUUAGGGCUUGGAAUAAGAGCCUUGAAAGAUUGCGUCUAAAUGUUGGUGAUGUUAAUAGUGUCCGUGAUAAAUGUUUCAAAAAGGAUAUUAUCAAUGCUUAUGCAAAAGAAACAUUGAAAGCUAUAAUUGGAGACUUAAAUGGAGAUUAAUUUGGUAUAUUGGUUGAUGAAUCCAAAGAUAUCUCACACAAAUAACAAAUGGCGCUUGUUUUGCAUUACGUUGAUAAGAAUUGUGAAGUUGUAGAGCGAUUUGUUGGUCUUGUCCAUGUUAGCGAUACAUCGGCAUCAUCAUUGAAGGAAGCAAUAUAUUCUUUACUUUUAGAGCACUCACUAAGUCCAUCUAAAAUACGUGGACAAGGUUAUGAUGGGGCUAGUAAUAUGAGGGGAGAGAUAAAUGGUCUUAAGACUUUGAUUAUGAAAGAUAGUCCAUCAGCAUAUUACAUUCAUUGUUUUGCUCAUCAAUUGCAAUUAACACUUGUAGCUAUUGCUAAAAAGCAUUUGGAUGUUGAAGAUUUCUUUUGUCAUAUUACUAAUGUGUUGAAUGUUAUUGGAGGAUCUUUUAAGCGUAGAGAUUCGCUUCGUCUUCUUCAAGCUGAAAAGUUGGAGAAAUUAGUUGAGUCUGGUGAAGUUCAUACUGGACAAGGAUUAAAUCAAGAACGGGGGCUUCAAGGACCAGGUGAUAAUCGUUGGGGAUCACAUUUCAAAACAUUAGAUAACUUUAUUGUUCUUUUCUCAUCUAUUGUCCGUGUGCUUGAAGUGAUUAAACAUGAAGGUUCUACCUCAAAUGAUAGAAAUCAAGCUAAGUAUCUUCUGAGUGAGAUUAAAACAUUCAAAUUUAUUUUUAUGCUACACUUGAUGUUGAAAGUGUUGGCAUUGUCAAAUGAGUUGAGCAAGACCUUACAAAAAAGGGAUCAAGAUAUUGUUAAUGCUGUGGAGUUUCUUAAUAUUAUAAAGAAAAGAUUGCAAGAUAUGAAAGAAAGUGAAUGAGAAUCUUUGUUGGAGUGUGCUUCCUCAUUUUGUGCUAUUCAUGAUAUUUUGAUUCCCAA